AUGAGGAGUGUAAUUUCAGAGUAGUCUCUAGCAUCAACAAAAACAUAGAAACUCUUUAAUAAUUUAAUAUCAAAAGGGCAAUCCAAGAUUCCCCUUCUCGAAGGUCAACUCGAUGAAGAGAGUCUUACAAAGACUUGGGGAGCAUUUGGUUUAUAUCUUUCUAGAUAGCUAAGAAUGGGUAGAGGUACAAAUAUUCCUCAUUUUGGUACAUUCACAUUUAGUGCUCCUGAAUGCAAUUUGACAGGUGUUACUAAUCCUAUUGAAAGAGAUAAGCAAUUCAGAGUUCCAGUAUUUUUAGUUUCUAAGGAAUUUGUGCUCGGUUAACCUAUUAAAACUGGUAUUUUCAUCGAUAAGCAUAUAAGACCUUACAACGUUUAAACCAGUGGUUCAAUAUCAGUAACAAAAAUAAAUUUCACAGAAAUAGCACAAUAUGCUGAUCAAAACAAGGAAGCUGUCAAAAUUUCAUUUGAAAGAAUCAUCAGAUAAUUAGCUGAUUAAACCAGAUAGAAAAGAGUCGUUGACAUGGAAAUUCCUGGAAUUGGUGUAUUCUAAGUAAGAAAUAAUAUUGCUGCUGUUCACUUUGAUGAGUACUUAAUUUAAAAUAUCAAAGGUGUCCCCAAAAGACCUUUAAGUGAAAGAAAACAAAAAGGUGAUAUGAACUUAACUGCUGAUAGAUUAAGUAUGUUGGAAAAUACUUCAAGAAUAGGAGCAGAUGCUGAAUAAUAUUUGAAAACUAAAUUAGGAAUUGAUAUUGAUAAUAUUUCAACAAAAAGCAGACCUUUAACAGCUGUCAGAAAUGCUUCUACUUCUAAUUUACUUUAACCAAAUAAUAAAACUCUCUAACGUCCAGCCACUUCCACCACUCUCAGAUAAUCUGCUAUUAAUUUAAAGUAACCUGAAUUGGGUCCAUUAGAGUUUGGUUUGAAGAGACUUAAAUUUUGGAUUAGACAAAACUGUUUUAAUGCACAAGACGCUUUCUUAGAAAUGUGCAAUUGUGCUUUAGGCAGAACUCGUGCUUAAAGAGUAAAAGUUGAUUAUAAAUAGUUUUUCGAAGCUAUAAAUAAGAUGGAGCUUGAUUUAAAUGAGGAAUAAAUUUAAGAGUUAUUUAAGCAGUUAGAUGCAAACAAAGAUGGAUAUAUAAAUUACACAGAUUGGAGAAACACUAUUAAGGAUGAUAAUGAUCAUUUGCAGUACAUAAAGGAUGUUAUUUACAAGAGAUAAUUACACACUGAUGAUGUAUUAAAGACUAUGGGAUUAGACAGAGAACAUCCUCCUAUUAAUAAAUAUUAACUCAAAGAUGCUUUGAAGAAGCUCGAUUUAACUCUCACUGACAUAAAAGCUAUUAGAGUUGCUUAGACUCUGCUUGGUCAUGAAGAAUAUAUCUCCAUGUAUGACUUAGCCAGGUCUUUUGAAACUAUCGAAGAAGAUGAUAAAAUAUUUGAUCCAAGCUGGUUUAAAGAUAUUUUGUACAAAAUUAAGCAGAAAAUUAUGGCUCUUGAAAAUCCUAAUGAGAUUAGAGAAUCGUUUGAAAAUUACGAUGAACAUAAUGAAGGUAUUUUAGAUACUGCUAACUUCAAAACUUGCUUGAUGAGAAGUCAAUUAAAGCUCACAGUAAAAGAAAUCAAUAGAAUUGUAAGAUAUCUUCCUAAGGUAAAAGUUAAUAACAUCGAUUACUAUAAUUUCCUAAAACUCGUUGAAAGAGUUGACAUUAAUGCUUCAGCUCCUGAUGCCGUUUCUGAUAUAAGCGAAUUUGCAGUCAAAUUAGGAAAAUUCAUUAAAGAUAAGAAAUUUACAAUCCCUUCUUUCUUGAAGACAGUUAGAAGAUUCUCUUUUGUUUUGGAUUCCUCAAAUAACUAAGAUUACUUUGUCACUCUUACAUAAAUGUCUGAAUUUUUGCAUAGAAACGUUUUUAAGGGAAAUGAUAGAUUAGAUAUUGAUUUUUAUGUAAACGAAUUGGAUAUUGAUUGUGAUGGCUAUAUUAAGGAAAAUGAUGUUUAAUCUUUCUUAAAUAGAUACACCUAUUUCGACUAAACCUAAUACACUCCUCUUAGUAUGACAAGAUCUCUCACUUUAAAAUCUCUUGAUCCUCGUACUGUUAGCAUGAAUACUAAAACUCUAUAUCCUUUUAAGGCUUUAAGCGAAGCUAAGGUCGACACAAUUCUUAGAGAUCUUAGAAAAAAAAUGGAACUCAAAAAGAUGAAAGCUGCUGAAUUAUUCAGUACUUUAGAUGCAGAUUAAGAUGGAUUCCUUACAAUUAAUGAAUUCAGUGAAAAUAUCAGAAAAAUAAUUGAGCUUUCAUAACCUGCUAUUGAUGGCUUCUUUGCAUACAUGGAUAAGUUGCAUACUGGUAUGGUAGAUUUGAGCAGUUUCUUAAAAGUGAUGAGAAAGAGUAUAGUUACUAAAGAUUAGCCAAUUAAAGAAGAUAAUUUUGAUUGGGAAAAUGAAAUGGUUUUCAGAAUUAGAUAAUGGUUCAAAAAAGAAGGUAUUACCGUUGAAGAUUCCUUUAGAGCUAUAGAUUAAAAUUUUAAGAGAGAAAUUAACGUUGAUGAUCUUGAAAUUUUCCUUAAGGAUUGCUUGAAGGUGAAAUCUGAAGAGCUAAAUAAGGCAAAACUAGAUAGACUCUUCAAGUUAAUUGACUAAUACAAGAGAGGAAAAGUUAAUUUUGUUGAUUGGAAGAGAUUUAUUAUGGAAGACUUCGGAUAUGGUAUGAACCAAACCAUCAUGGGAGGAAAGAAAAUUGAUAAUAUUUCUUCUUUUGAUUGGAAAAUUAAUGCAAGAUAAUAGCUUGGUUUAGUUUUGACUAGAAGAUUCUCUACAUUAAGCCACAGCUUCGAUGUUAUAAGUGGAUAUAGAAAGAAGUUGCUAUUCUCUCACUUUAAAAAAUGGGUUCAAGACACUGAUGCUCUUAGAGGAUUCGAUCUAACUGAAAGUCUUAUGCAAGAGCUAUUCUCUGACUUAGAUUCUCACAAUAAGGGAUAUCUUUCUGAAAGCGAUUGGGAGAUUGCUUUUGGUGGAUUUGACUGGGAACAUUAAAUGCAUGAGGAAAUUAAAGAGUAUGUAAAGUAAAACUUUAAAUCAAUUGAAAAGGCCUUUGAAUUUUUCUGUUAAGGAAACUAAAAUAAGAUUAUUGAAUAAGCAGAUUUCAAUAAAGCUAUAAAUUCUAUUCUUCCCAAAAGAUUUAUUGAUUCUGAUUUGAAAGAUUUAUGGGUGUAUGUAUCAAGCGGUCAACCUUAAGUUGAUUUCCACAGGUUUAAGAUAGCCUUCUAGAAAUACAUCCCUCACUAUGAAAGAACUAUUGAGUAUGACCAAGAAAAUAUGAGGCCAAAAACAGCUGGACCAUUGAGCAGUUUGAGUAAAUCAACUUCAUGGAAUAACAUUUAUGGAGCCAGCUAGUUAAAUGGAAACUCUCAAAAUCCCUUCGGAACCAGCAGUAUCGUUGAUGGUAAUGAAGAUGAUGUUUUUGAAGAAAAAUUGCUCUCUAAGAUUCGUAGACUUCUUAGACCUACCAUAAAAUCAGUGAAAAAAGUUCUUGAAUAGCUCGAUGUUAAUAAUAUUGGAUAUAUUACUAACUUAGAAUUUAGAAAUGCCAUAAAAACUCUCAACUUAGGUUUAGCCUAAAAUGAAGUUGACUUGCUCUUGAACAUUUGUGAAAUAGAUGGAAGAGUCAACAUCAAAUAAUUCCUCAAAUUCAUCGAUUUUAGCGAGAGUGAUAAGAAAAUCGUUUAAAGAUCAAUUCUUAAAUUAAGAGAAAUAACAAACCAAGUCUAUACUUUCCUUCUAUCUCCUAAGGAUGCAUUUAGAAUGUUCGAUGUAGACUCAAAUGGCUAUUUAGACUUUGAUUAGUUCUCUCAAUUUAUUGGUAAAUUAUCAUAACUCUCUGGACAUGACAUGCUUCCUUAUUCAAUCAUUAAGGAUCUAUUUGAGUAUAUUGACUCAAAGAAAGAUGGAGUCAUUGAUUAAGCUGAGUGGAUGGAUAUAUUUAACAAAUUUGAAUAUGUCCCUUAGGCUUCUAUCAACAAGCAACCUUUAUCAAAAGCAACUGUUUAUAAUCUCCAAAAGCGUCCUCAAACAUCAUUCAACAAAUCUACUUUAAAUGAGCUUCCCCACAAUAAAUUUAACCUAGAAUAUAUUAGCAGUAACUAUCCAUUGACAGUUAAGAAUGAAAAGAUUCAUUAGAUUUCAGACAAGGAGAAAUAUGGCACUAUGAAUAAGUUCUUUGACGAAGUAGAGAGAUAACCAGAAUCAAAGCCAGUUUAAGAUAAUCACUUCAAUUAAAUUUUAGGUGAAUGGGGUAAAACUAAAGAAUUCGAUAAGAUCAUUAUUUCUAUCGGAAAGAAUCGUAGAUUCCUUUUAGACAUGUUUGGUUCCCUCUAAUAAAGAAAUAUACCAAUUACAUUCGAAAGAGCUAAAGCUAUCAUUGGUUAGAUGCUUAGAAACAGUGGAUAGUCUCUUAAAGAAGAAUCUUGGCCAAUAAUACUUAAAUUUGCUGAAAGAAAUGGACUUAUAGAUUAUAAAUUCCUUUUAGAAGUAUAUAAAGAAAGAAUCAAACGUAUUGACAGUCAUCCAAUCAUGAGCAGAAAUAGAUCUCUUUAAAAAUUCACAAGUUGA